UCACAUGACCAGGUGGGGCAGCCGAGGCUGUUGGAGUCGAGCUGUGAAGAAAAAUCCAACCUGUCAACAACCUGUCGUUCUCGGACACAUUUGUGAUAAUAAAUGAUCUCCCCCGGUGACUAGCGGGUGUUAUGGAGCUAACUGAAGGCAGAGUACCCACCCUGUGACAUGUUGGCCCAAGCAGGAUCAUGGCACACCGGACCUCCUCCUAAACAUCACAAGCUCCGACUGUCGUCAUGGCCUCCAGCUAUGCACCGCCGUUUGAGGGCACAGGUGAAGUAAAGGAGGGCUUUCUCUGCCCUCUGUGCCUGAAGGACCUCCAGUCUUUCUACCAACUCCAGGGCCACUAUGAGGAGGAGCAUUCAGGAGACGACCGGCACGUUCGAGGACAGCUCAAGAAUUUGGUUCAUAAGGCAAAGAAAGCCAAAGACAAACUGUUGAAGAGGGAUGGAGAUGACCGACCAGACACCGGUAGUUAUGAGUCCUUCUACUAUGGUGGGGUCGACCCAUACAUGUGGGAACCUCAGGAACUGGGAGCAACUAGAAGUCACCUGGACCUGUUUAAGAAACACCGGGCAGCGCGCAUCGAUCAUUAUGUUAUUGAGGUCAAUAAGCUCAUCAUAAGACUGGAAAAGUUGACUGCGUUUGACCGAGCCAACGCAGAUGCUGCUAAAAUUAGAGCCAUUGAGAAAUCCGUGGUGUCCUGGGUGAGUGACUCCGAUGUCCCCUUCUGUCCUGAUUGUGGAAACAAGUUCAACAUCCGAAACAGACGCCACCAUUGUCGGCUCUGUGGAUCCAUCAUGUGCAGGAGGUGCAUGGAAUUCGUUCCCCUGCCGUUGGCCCAGAAGCUCAUCAAUGGCACUCGAGAAGCUCUGUGUGUGCCUGGAAGCCCCAGUCAGUCCCAGUCUCCACCAGUAGGGGGCGGAAGCAGUGGGAUGGGCUCCCGGAGGGGCAGCAUUACCAGCUUGAGCAGCGUAGCGUCCAUUUUGGAAGAAAAGGAUGAUGAGAAGAUCCGCUGCUGUCACCACUGCAUGGACACUCUGCUGAAGAGGCAGCAGAAGUUAGAGGAGAAGGAUCACGUUCCAGACAUAGUGAAACUUUAUGAGAGGCUGAGAAUGUGCAUGGAGAAAGUGGAGGAAAAGGCUCCAGAGUAUAUUCGAAUGGCUGAAUCACUCAACGCCGGAGAAACCACAUACAACCUGGACACUGCUGGAGGACUGAGGCUGGAAGUGCAGAAAUACUACGAACUCAUUGAUGCUCUAAGUAAGAAGAUUUUAACUCUGGGGGUGAAAAGUGAGCCGCAGCCACACCCGAAGGCGCUCCAGCUACAGAGGAUGAUACGCUACACAGCCACGCUGUUUGUCCAGGAGAAGCUUUUGGGGCUGAUGUCUUUGCCCACGAAGGACAAAUAUGAAGAGCUGAAAGAGAAGAGGAAACAGGACCAAGAGAGACGACUCCAACAAGAGAGACAGGGGGCCCAGGAGAAUCUGAAAAGGAGGCAGGAGUAUGAGAAAAACCGCCCACCGGCCAAUGGAGAGCUGCCACAGGCCCCCCGCAUGACCAAGGCUGGCGGGUGGCUGCCCUCUGCUGACUCUGCCCACGCUCGCAGCGAGCUGGAAGAUCCCCUCUUGCAGCAGAUUGAAAACAUCCAGUCAUUCCUCCGUCAGGCGCGUGAAGCGCAACGGACAGACGAGGUCGCCAUGCUGGAGGAGAACCUGCGGCAGCUGCAGGACGAAUACGACCAGCAGCAGACCAGCAUGGCCAUCGCUCUCUCCCAAAAAUUGGCGCAGGAGGAGAGCUUGCAGCAAGGGGAGCUGCAGCGCCUGGAGGCUCAGGAAAGGGAGGGAAGGGAGCAGUGGGGCUCCACUUUUGUCUCCACGCAGCCGCCCUUCAUCUGGGAGCCGUCCCUGGAUAUCAACCCAGCAGGAGACCACCAGGUGGACUCGGGGGUAGAAACUACUGCAGAAAUCCCGACUCUGAAAACCGAGGCCAGUCCAUCGGCUGUCAGAGCCCUCUCCUCGCUCACACCUCUAGAGGAUUCUCCUCCAAGACUAAGGAGCUUAGGGGGGCACAUAACCCCGCCUAGUGGUGAAGGACAGAGCAGCACCUCCCUUAACCCUUUCGAAGAGGAGGACUCCACUCCCAUUGAGGAGGAUCCAUCCAAUCCCUUCUUCGAGGACAUCAAGAAGGAAGUUUCCAACGGGAAGAAGGAAUGCAACCCCUUUGAUGAAGACGCAGACAGAGAGGACCAACAGGCUGAAACUGCACCAAGCAACCCGUUCGAGGAGGACGACGCAGGUAACCCAUUUAUUGACGGUGCUGGGAACUCACCCGAGGCCUCUACCAACCCCUUUGACGGGGACGUCGACGACGAAGCGCUGCCAGAUGUGGACAUGAUAGAGGAAGAGCUGCUGCUCCAGCAGAUCGACAACAUCAGGGCAUACAUCUUUGAUGCCAAACUCAGCGGGCGGCUCGACGAGGUUGAGCUCUUGUCGGAGAAUCUCAAAGAGCUACAGUACACUCUACAGGAACAGAAGAAGAAGAGGCACUAACACACCCUGGCUCCAAUCACCUGCUAUUUACCAAGUUGUCCGGGGCUCGCACAGUUUAGGAAUGGUCAACCCAGUUUACCGCAGUUUGGAAGAAGUCUGAUCCAUCACACAUUAAUUGAAUGUGUACCUAGAUUUACAGUCCCUGAUUUUCUAACAUCUAUUUAGAUCAUUUAAGAUUGCAUAGGGCUGAGCUCAAACCCAUGCAUGAGUUUAAAGCACAGAGUAAAAAUGUAUUUGUAUAGGCACACUUAUGAAGUUCAAACAAUGCAAAAACGAACAAAGGAAGACAGCAUAAUGUUAUUUGAAUGAGUUGGAUGAUGUGGUUUAGUUCUUCAGCUGAAGCUGUGAACAAAGUCCAAAACAUUUAACUCUGUUCUGUGCAUUUCCAACAGGGCCAAGAACAACACUGGGAGUGAAGGGUUAACUUUUAGGUCUGCAACUGUAAACAUCUUAAAAUUAGAAUAACUUCUAUUGCAGAAAACUAACUAAUUGUUGACGUAAAACAAUAGGUUUGUAUUAAGAGUUAAAGGAGCAUUACAUCAUAAAGUCAUUUUUACUCUACAUGCUAAGAAAUUUAAGCUUAGAACUGUUUUUUUUCCUACACUGACAGUGACAAAAAUACUUGGACAUUAAAAUCUGCACUAAUGAUUUUUUUCUGUUAAUCUAAACUCCAACUUUGUCUGAAAGUGUUGAUCAAAUGAAUUAGAUAAACUGCUUUUUAUGCACUUUGCUUUGAGAAACAAAAAGUCAUUCGUGAUUCCACCAAAAGCCAACAAAGACAAAAAUAAUAAUAAAUAAAUGAAUGUGCUACUGUGAGCGACGGGGUGAGGUGUUGUUUUGUUUCGUUUCCGGUGAGCCUCGUGUGGCUCUUUGAUGUUGACCUCGUGGCUGGACUCGUCUUCCCCCUCUCCUGGUGCAUGUUAUCGCUUUCGAUCUUCAAUCCAGAGUUUGUCUGAACGGCUCACCCGUCCUGUGUGAACUUAACACAACACUGUUUAUCAAAGAACACUGUAGACAGCCGUUACUAAAUCGUAGGACGCUCAAAUCUGUGCGUCUAGAAAUGAUUAUAGAAACCUUAAAAGACACUUGUUAGAUGUUUGCUAACACUACAUGAAUGCCAGCAGUAUUAUGAUCCAGAGCUGCUAUGUUUGCUCCAACUUGAAUUUGUUGUGCUUUCCGUCAUUUCUUCCAUUUUCUUCGAGUUUAUCUGCUAAACUGUAACAUCUGCAGAUCAUCACAAAACUGUGGCAGAUAUUUUUGUGACGUUGUGAAUUUCUUACAUGUGUGUUUAGCGGUUGAUUUUAGUUUUGAGGUCAUUGCAACAUCCCUGCAUUAAAACAAGGAACUGCACAAUGAUUCACAGCCAUCACUUUAAUAAGAGGAAGUUUCUUCAACAUAAAUAAAUUCAUCUGUAACAAUA